CUCGAAAAUAGAUCACCAUUGUGCCUUGCUUCAGAGGCUGGGCACAGCGAUGUUGUUGCGCUUCUGCUAGGUGGCCAUACGAAUAUCGAGGCACGAGGAUAUUCCCAGAUGACCCCUUUGAUAUUCGCCGCGCAAGGCGGAAAUGCCACGACUGUCCGGCUUCUCCUACAUAGAGGCGCGGACAUUGAAGCCAAGGAUGAAAACCAGAGAACGGCUUUGUCUCAUGCCGCACAAAGUGGACAUAUUGAAGUUGUUGAGCUCCUGCUGGAUUGGGGAGCCGAUAUGGAGACAAUAGACGCAGAUGGAAAAAACCCGCUACAAUAUACUGUGCCGUUUGGGCAUCUCCCAAUAUUUAAUCUGAUGUUGCAAGUGGGAGCCUACCGUCAG